CACUCUCUAUACCAAAAACAAAAAUCUCACCCUCCUCAAGAAAAUCAAACCAGCCGUUGGAAAAAUGGCGGACGUAGCUACAAAGAACCCCGUGGAAGAUGAGGUGAAGAAAACGGAGGCGUCUAGUUUGGUGGGGAAGCUAGAGACAGACGUGGAGAUCAAGGCUUCGGCUGAUAAGUUUCAUCACAUGUUCGCUGGGAAACCACACCAUGUCUCCAAAGCAAGUCCAGGCAACAUUCAAAGCUAUGGGGAGGCAAAGGUGGCGAAGGAGAGGAUCGAGGCGGUGGAGCCAGAUAAGAACUUGAUUACGUUUAGGGUUAUAGAAGGUGAUCUGAUGAAAGAGUACAAGAGCUUUGUGAUCACGAUCCAGGUGACCCCUAAGCAUGGAGGGCCUGGAAGUAUUGUGCACUGGCACCUUGAGUAUGAGAAGAUUAGCCAGGAGGUAGCUCAUCCCGAGACUCUUCUUCAGUUCUGUGUCGAAGUGUCCAAAGAGAUCGACGAACAUCUCUUGGCUGAGGAAGAAGAGGUGAAGACAACAGAGACGCCUAGUUUGGUGGGGAAGCUAGAGACAGACGUGGAGAUCAAAGCUUCAGCUGAGAAGUUCCAUCACAUGUUCGCAGGGAAACCACAUCAUGUCUCUAAAGCAUCUCCAGGAAAUAUUCAAGGCUGUGAUCUGCACGAAGGCGACUGGGGAAAAGUUGGCUCUAUCGUCUUUUGGAACUAUGUUCAUGGCAAGUCAAUUUUGUAUAAAUCUUCUUAUGGAGAGGCAAAGGUGGCUAAGGAGAGGAUUGAGGCGGUGGAUCCGGAUAAGAACUUGAUCACGUUUAGGGUUAUCGAAGGUGAUCUGAUGAAAGAGUACAAGAGCUUCUUGCUCACGAUCCAGGUGACCCCUAAGCAUGGAGGCCCUGGAAGUAUUGUGCAUUGGCACCUUGAGUAUGAGAAAAUUAGCGAGGAGGUGGCUCAUCCCGAAACUCUCCUCCAAUUCUGUGUCGAGGUCUCCAAAGAGAUCGACGAACAUCUAUUGGCCGAGGAAUAGAGGACAGUACUCUUCGUGUUUGAAUUUAAAUGCAAUAAAUAAGGACUAAGAGC